AUGCGAGAUUUGUGGUUUAUUGAAUUUAAGACACGCUAUGAGAAUCCUCUUUCUGUUGAACUUGAUAUUACGUCUCGGGAGGAAUUCAUUAUUAUAGAGAGAAAGCUUGCACGACUUUUGGAAUGUUUAUCUCAAGAGAAUGUUCGAGAGACUCCAGAAGAAACAGGGGAGGUAGUUCAAGACUCGAUGCAGGAGGACGACGUUGCGAAAGACGAUAGUUCCGAGGAGGUUGUUUCUACUGUAAACAAUGCUCCAAAGCUUACUUUUGACCUCAAUAAAACACCAGCAGAGAAUGGGGUCUUUUGAG